UUUUGGCUUAUCUGUGCUUCAAUUCCGGCAUGAACGUCAACUCUAAAUUUGUACGAAAUAAAAUUUGCUGACUAAAAUCCUAUAGCGCAUUAAACGACCUAAUAUUAUUGUUUUAAUAUUAUUUAUCUUAAGUAGUUUUGUGUUAAUUCAUCAUGCCACGUGGUAAAUACACCAAUCAUAAGGGCCGGAACCGCAAGUUCACCAGCCCCGAGGAGUUGGAAGAACAACGAAAGCAGGAGGAGUUGAAACAAAAAUGGAGAAAGGAGCACGGUGGAGAUGACGAGAGCUCCAGCGAGGAAGAAUCGGCAGAUAACAAAUCUGGCUCGGGCAGCAGUGACGAAAGUGACUCAGAUGAAGAUCACCCAACAAAAGCAAAGGGAGUGUCUGGUUUAAUUGAAGUAGAAAAUCCCAACCGAGUGGUAAAGAAGAACAAGAAAUUGGCCAGCUUGAACACCUCACUAGGAGAAGGAGAGAAACCUCAGUUGUCUAGACGCGAGCGCGAGGAGAUCGAGCGCGCGCGCGCGGCGGCCGCGUACCAGCGCGCGCACGCCGAGGGCAAGACCGAGCAGGCGCGCGCCGACCUGGCGCGCCUCGCCAUCAUCCGCCAGCAGCGCGAGGAGGCCGCCAAGAAGCGCGAGGCCGACAAGAAGGCGAAGGACGAGGGGCCCAAGAAGAGGUAGACAAGCAAACUCCAAGUAGGUCGCAUAACUAACAUCUUUUGCAAUUACAUAUUAUGCUCGUAAUAUCAAACUCGGUACCUUUCAAUCUAAGUUUCCUGCAGUCCUAUGAUUGCAUGAAUUGUGUUAUGAAGACAACAUAAGGCAUUAUU